AUGUUUCCAAUUCGCCCGGACACCGUCGAGCCCACGCUUCGUCGGAACUGGUUGUUCCGGUGUGCGGCGAUCGCGGUGGCACUCGGUUACUUUGCCGAUUCCUUGGACCGGAACCGACCGCGCUUGGAACCGGACGUGAACUAUUUGCAUUGGUCUACCGACGUGCCCGCGGUCACCGUGUGUCCGGUAACGGCGUCCGGUGCUGACAGUAACCAUCGUCGUCAUCCACCGAACGCUGCCGACGAUAAAAGGUUUGCCUCGAUAUAAUAUUAUUACGUUAUGACUAGAAACUAUAAUAUUAUGUUCUUGAAAUCCACAAAAAAAAUCAACAAAUAUGUUUAAAAAAAGCAUAGUAGAGAGGUGUAAAAGUUCCGCUUUAAUGGCUCUAACUUGUAAAAUAACAUUUUCUAACACAACAAAAAUGAUUAAUACAAAGUCAUUUUUUAAAAAUAAAAUUGUACAUAUAGGACAAAUUAAUUUGUGUUAAUCGUUUGUACAGUGAUCAAUAAUUGUUCACAGAUAUAAAUUUAAUAACUUUAUGCACCUAUCCUACUUCCUUAACUUCUCACCUAAUAACAGUGGCACACCUGUCCCAAGUAUAUCAGCUUUUUUUUAUAUUUGGUUUGUAAAUAAAUUACCACCAUUGUAGCCAGGAGGUUUUUGGUGUAUUAUAUACCACCCCCUUCCCAAUUUCUUUAUUUUUUUUUAUCUCUAGCUAAAGUUAAGAUGGCUGUAGAGCCUUAAACACUCUAGACCCUCUAAUCCUCCUAUUAAUAAAUCCCGGUCAUUAUAAAUAACAAUGCAAUUAUUUGAUAAUGUUAUAUUUAAUUGAUUAUAAUUAUAUAAUUUUUUAACCUAAUCCCAAAACACACAAGUAACGAUCUUCACGCUACUAAAAAAGUGGAUGAAAUAGGUACCAAAACUCGACAUAGAACAACGCCAUCUCAUUUCGCCGUAAAACCAUUUUGACGUCACCAUUCCGACGUAAGAUCGUUUCGUCGUCAAAAAAAAUUGAUUUACAUUUAUAUGUAUUUCAUUUUGAAAUGGAUUAUUUUACAAAUGUUUGACUGUUAGACAUUAGUAUAGAAUUUGUAUUUAUAAUAUUAACGAGUAAUCGUAAUACAACCGUUGUUAGAUUAGAUCGGUACCAAUUAAUAUUAUAGUCAGUUUCAAUUUUUUUCCAGAUCUGCUGACGGCCUAACCACGUUCCGUUUUAGCCGUUAUACGUUUUAAAUGUAUUUCACGACGUGAUUUUGCGUGACUUUCUACACGGUAUUCCGACGUUUUCUGUACAUCUCCCGCGCAUUAUGUUGCCGAUAGUCAAUUGUCGAUGAAACACCGAAAAAAAAACCGCCAUUUAUUGUAUGAAUGUGUGACGAUAUUAUUAUUUCUGUCAUUUCCAUCGUCCACCGGUGUAUUGUUGUCGGUAUAUUACUUUCGAAACAAUACGCGUGGUACGCGGUUGCUGCCGUCCCUGUCGUCCGUCUCAUGAACCGUUUCCGGAGUCCUCCCUGCCGGCAGAACGGAUUCUCCGAACAUGUCUCGACGAUGCCGGAACUGUUUGUUCCGGUGCGGUUGUGCUCGCCAAUUCCGUGUCGUCGCCCGGAACCGACGGCACUGGGAACCAGACGGACGCACAAUGUUUGCACUGACCUAAAAUACACGCCGUCGCCGUCGCCGUCACAUUUCGACUAAACUGUUGUGUGCAGUGAUCGUUAUAGUGCCCUACUCGAAGUGCAAGGGCGGACAGGAAAGGGGAAGACAAUAGAGACGAAAACAAUAAUGAAAUUAUUUUUAGAGUAACCUUCACCCUCCCUCCCCCAAACAUAAAAUCGUAAAGAUUCACAUAUUAUUAUCUCUACCAGUGACAUAUUUAAAUAGAUGGGGAGAUAAUGGAGGUGUAUUUCCCACCUGGGCCUUUUCUUAAUAUCUAUUUAUUUGUUUUUAUUACCUAUUUGUUAAAUUCAAACUUCUUUAAUUUUUAGUCAGCUGAAUCGAAAAUGUGUCAGUUUCUAAUAAAUAAUGAUUACAUCAAGAAAACCCGAACAUAUUUACAUUUUCUUGUUUAUAAUAAAAAAUAUCCAAACAUCAUAAAUAACAUUUGGAAAAGACUAAGAUUAGUAACAAUAAAAAAUAAUAAUUUUUAAUACAUGGUCAAUUGAUUGCAAUGGUAAUUUUUAAAUUAUAAAUUACUAGCAAAUAUAAAUAUAAUACAUACAUGGUAAUUUACUAAGCGUGCUCAUCCAAUUUUUUCGGUUAAAUUCUAUAUGUAUUCAAAUUCUAACUUAUAGAAUUUUUAAGUUUAGUUAAAGCUGAUAUUUUAGAAUACUUAGAUUUUUCAAAACACUAAAGGAGUAUGCUGAGGUGAUAGCAACUUUGGUUUUUAAAAUGAGAACCUAUAUUCAAAAUUCCAGAAAUAGAUGGAGUAUUAUUUCAAAUAAAUUUUAGUGUUAAAACUUUUGAUUUUCGUUAACCCGUCAAUGAGAUAUUUUACUUCUAAGUUUAGAUAGGGGGAUAGGAGGAUAGGAGUGGAGCAUUAAUAAAAUGCCACGCGUCAUGCAAAUGAUGAAAAAUCAUAAUUUGAAUAUAUGCAAAAUUUAACCAAAAAUUUGGAGUGAGCACGUUUAAUGAAUCACCCUGUAUAUAUAAAUUUAAAAUUAAACAUUUUUUUUUUGCAUAAUACAUAAUAUAGGUACACCUUAUAUACAAUAUGAUACAAUUUCCGAGUACAAUAUCAUCUUCCUUAGAAAUUUCUAAAUACGCCACUCGACCCCCCCCCCUCCGCCCCUUAAAUCGAUAUUAACAGCGUCACUAAAGGUUAUGUGUGUUUGUUUAUUUUGGUUUUUAUUCCUAAGACCAGCCCAAGAAGUGGGUCUCGGGGGGGGGNGGGGGGGGGGGGGGAAGCGAUAGAAACAAUCGCCUUGUCCUUUUCGCUCCCAAAUACACUCUGAAUUAUAUUUUCAUCGUAAACGUGUACCUUAUAUGAAUUUUCUAAAAUAGGCUCCCCCAUUUUCUUACCCCCUUACUCCCGAUUCAGAUAGACAUAGAUAUACAGUCAAACCAUUUACGACAUUUUUCGGUCGUGUCAACAAAAAAACGCGGACAACAGAGUACAUUUUCGAUAUUAAAUAAUUUCCUAUUCAGCAUUGUAUUUUUCAAUACUGAGGCGGUGCCACAGUAUAAUAAUAGGUCCACCAGUACAUCUUAAUGCAUAUUAUAACCUGAUACUAUUUUAAUAUUAAUGCUGCUAAACACAUCGCAUUCUAAAAUAUUUUUUCAUCAACGAUUCGAAUAUAUUAGAAUAUUUUCUCGUACACAACAUUUACAUUAUAACUGCGUACCUGUACUGUUUGAAUUAAAUUUAAACAGCAUUCAUAAAAUAAUACGAAAUUACUUUUGAAAUUCACCAUUCGGUGUAUUCAAAAAAAAAAAUUUAAAAAUCAUUAAAAUAAACAUUUUGUAAAACAAUAUUAUUUUUCCUGUACAUUUUCUACGUUGUAUAUUAUAUUAUCAAUUAUUAAUUAUUCCUGUAUAAACACUACCUAAUUUACCCUUUUCGUUGUCGAUACUAAACUAAAAUCGUCAAAAACAAAAACCUAAAUUAAUCGGCAAUAUUUGUUUUAAACUAGACUAAUUUAUACGGUUAUACCGUAAUACUUCACGGCCAUUAAAUGCACUUAUUAACACCGAUUCGGUAGGUAAUAUUAAAUCCCAAGGUGUUGUAUUUAUUACGGUUUUAUUAUGCGUGUAGUUUCACUAAUUGUUAUUUGUUUUAUAUUCAUAUACGAGUAAUUGAAGGGCACAUUUACUUUUUUUUUUAUAUCGAAUUUUUUACCCGUUAACAAAUAACACAAAUACACGAGCAAAUUGAAAUAUCGUUUAUUCGAAAUCGAUUUUACUUGUCAGCGUCAUAUUUUUUUAAACUUUUUAAAACACAAUGACAAUUACUGUAAAAGUUUAUCGCAAAUGACGUUAUAAAUGUUAUAAAUAUCGUGUAAAAGCGUAUUACACAAAGGCUUAUGCAGUCUCGGUGAAACUUUCUGUCAUACACAUUAUACGUAUAAAUGUCUUCAGAAUUAGAUAUGCUUUACGAGUGUGUAUACUUUAAAAUAUCAUAUUGUAAAACACAACACUCAGUAUAUGUUUUGUUUUUUUUCAUUUGAAUAAACUAGUAUUAUUUUCAACUUUUUCCGCGUAAACUUUUAUAAUGCCUUUCUCUACGGGAUCCAUGAUGAAAGAUAAAUAGGUAACACGUAUAUAAAACGUGGAUAUAUUAUACUCUCAAAAAUCUGAAAUAACAACAGUAUUUUAAACUAUUCUUAUUAGAUAGUUAACUUAUAAAUACGAAAUUAUUUUCAUUUGAAAUUACACUUAUUCCAUACGUUCUCCUAGACUCGAGGACCUAGAGUUACGUAUCCACACUAUCAUUCAGUUAACACCAAUUUAUAAAAACCAAAAUCGUCUAUUUAUUACUUAUGCAAUUCCGCCGUUCUGAUUUAUCAUAAUAGGUAUAGUGUUAUUUUCGGAUUUGAAAUCCGAAUGGUUGAAUUUUCGAAAAGGCUUAUUAUCAUUUGGCUAAAUAAUGGUAGUUCUCAUUGAGCUCUAUCCAAAUACAUGUAACAACGGUGGAUCUAAGUUGAAAACCCUAGAACUAAAACUAUAUUCAAAAAAAAAUUACAGAUGAGGUAGGUUUUUCACAGUAAUGAGAUGAUUUUCUGGGAUUAAAAGUAGCCUAUAUCAUUUCCUAGUCCUCGAAAUAUUCUUGUGCGAAAAAAUCACUUCGAUCGGUCGUUUUGUUUACGACCUAUAAUAAGGACAAAUAAACACACGUUUCGCAUUUAUAAGUAUAGAUAUUUUACCUUUUUGACUUAUACCACUCGACUGAUCAACUAAAAUUUGUUUUAUUUAUUUUUUUUAUUUUACUUUUUCCUAAAACUUUUAUUUUGAAAAAGUUUACAAAAUAAAUGUAAUUAUUGAAGGCACUAGGGUAGUUUUGGUUUUGUUCUGGGAUAAGGGAAUAGAUAAUUUGUUAGGUAAACUUUGUACCCCCAACCCUGCAUACAAAUCUAUGUUUGAGAUUCUGAGUGUAGCGAAGAAGUAUUAGUUUUACUAAGAAAUGUUUUUUUUUUUUUAUAGAAAACACUUUUUCGGUUAGUAAAAAUACUUAAAUGAAAUAUUCAGCAAAAGGUCCACUUUUUUGAUAGUUUAUCAUAUCUAAAAUAGUGUAAUCGAUUAAAUUCCAUAUAAAAUUGAAGAGCGUUUCUGACAACUAUCUAAAAUCCACCAAACUUUUAGAAAAUAGUUUAUUCUCUUAUACAUUUCUUCAAAAAAUGUGUAAUUUUUGUAGAGUUUAAAUACUUAUAUUCCUGAUUAGUAGAAAUUAAAUUUGAAAAAUAGUUUUUUUUUAAGUAUAAUCCAACAGAUAGGUAUUAAACAAUUUAAUUUUAAUAGAACAAAUUCGAGUUUUUAAAAUUUCAUUAAAAAUAUCUCUGUGACAAAAACGAAAUAAACAUUCACCCGGACCCUAAUGACUUAAACUAAAAGGGGCGAGUAAUUUUAUUUGUGUAUACGAAGGGGAACUCUUCACCAAUGAUAAUACCUAAUGUAUUAGGGCAUAAAUACUAUAAUAAUGAAAAAACUUUAGAUAACCAAAGUUAACGAUGACAUUAUUUACCUUUCUAAGCUAAAAAGAUUUCUAUGCACUCUUCCCAGUCUCUAAUAAUAAUAAAAGAAAACCUCGAAAAAAACAAUUAAAUAUGAUUGGACUACGUCAGCUGAGGCGUAGCUGGCAUGCACCAAUACCUUUUUUUUAUACUAAUUAUCCUCAAACUAUAUAAUGUAAAAUGUACUAGUUGCCCUCAACUUAAUGUAUCAGUUGUCCUCAAAAUAUUAUAAUACACUCGUACAACAUACAUGACCGCAGUACAACAAUACCUGGCGUAUAAUAAUAGGGGAGACAACAAUGUGACGGCAUAACGUAGUGGAUACGACUAUAUUAUGUAUAAGUAUUAAACAAUGAAAAAAGAAAAUAGUAUAUAAUAAAGUAAUAUAUAAAAUAUUUUCAACAAUAAGUGAUAAACAUUAUAGUUUAUCAAAAGAAAAAUAAAAAUAAAAAUGCAUACAAUAAUGAUGAAGAGAAGGCGAAAAUAAAACUUGAGGAGAUAUAGAUAUCAACCAAAUAGUCGUAUGAAUACUAAAUUUAUAUCAAAUUAAAAACAAAAUAAACAUCUACUUCACUGGAGGGUAAUAAUGAAAAAUCGGAAAUUAUGUGAAUCUAUUUUGACAGAGAUGGCGGGAAAGCCAAACUUAUGCCUAUUGGUUAUUGAAAAUUUCAAGUUUUUCUACGUAACAAUAUUUUUGUCUAAUGGAAAUUUCGUUUUUUUCUCUGUUUAGUUUACACUCGAGUGACUGAGUGAAGUUAACCGUGCUUAAAAUAAUACAUAGCUUUUAUAAGUUGGACGCAACUGGUAUAUUUUUUAAAUGCCGAAAACAGUUAUUGAGGUCAACUGGUCAACACCUGGCGUAGCUAAAUAUUCUAGAUAUAAUAAUAUACCUUCGAAUAUGUUCGAAAAGACAACAAAUAAAAAUACAAAAUGUUACUAAUUUUCGGGUAAAAAAGCGAAUAGAUUCGGGCCUACUGGAUCUGCCCGCUUUUCACGCUGCUGCACGUUAGCGAUUCACGUUUACAUGAAAUUAUCCGGUUUUUUUAUCCCAAGACAAUAUUAUGAUGUUUCGACGGUGAUACCAAAUAAAACAUCAUACUUACCUAAUCAUAAUGCCUAUUAAUUUGCAAUCUUAUUAUAUUUCCACUCGUUUAUAUUAAUGUGUUAAUGUUAUCGGUACAAAAAAGCGAAUAGUAAAACAAGUUUAAAAUAUCACAUUACUAUAAUAAUGCAUUAUUCGGGUGCCUACCUACGUGAAAAUAAUAUUUAUGGAGAAUAUUAUAGUAAUGCAUAUUUUUAAUGUAAUAUUUUAUAAGGGAAACGAUACUAUACAAAAAAAAAAAAAAAAAAAAAAACCUAUCCCGUAAUAACUUAGACGCGACAUAUAAAAUAAUAUAUUACAUUUUAUAACAAUAUAGUAGGAAAUAGGAAACUAUAUUUUUUUUCUUUUUACCGAAACUUGUCAAACGUAAAAUGGUUUUUAACCUACCCACGCCUAAAACGCAUUUAGAGGGUUAUCAAUAUGCAUAUACGUAAAUAUAAUUCAGUACCGAAAACUCCCAGUUCUCCGCGUUUAUAUUGAUAUUUUCGCACGUUAUUAUUAUUGAGUUUUGACAGAUUUAUAUGAAAUAAAAAAAAAAAACCCGGAUACUUCAAAGAUGCGAAGUUCAAAAACCUAACUGUUCGAAAUAAAGUGAUGUUCGUGUUGGGCAGUGAGACUACAAUAAUAGAAUCCCAUGUAUAUGAUAAAUUAUUUUUGUCUCGUUUAGACGGUUAUCACGUAUAUUCCUAUUACCGUUCACUUAGCCACUCUGAAAUCAUCAGAAACCCUUAGGAGCGGAGCGAGGAAUGUAUUGGUUUUACAAUGAUGUUUAUAUUUUUUUUACAUACUGUGUACAAAAAUUAGACUAGAAAUCUUGCUCCGAAGUAUCAAGUGUCGCACCUCUACUGAAAGUGAAUUUUUAUUAGGUAAUACUUUAGGGAGGUAAUUUUUGAUUUUCCCAUGAGUUUUUCCAAUAAAUGGGAAAAACCGGACAAAACGUAGGAAAAACAGGAUAGUAGAUACAAUAUUAAAGAAAAUAUAUACUGCAAAUAUUGGUUAAUCGUUGCGUACAAAUAUACAUUGAAUUUCCCCUCUAUCUUCCCACCUAAAACCCACGUGCGAAGUAUGUCCGUUUUAUUACUUUAUUGUUAUAAAUAAUUAGCACAAAUAUAAUUAUCACGUACUUAAUCGAAUGUGAAUGUAUAGAAAUAAAUAUUUGAUUUAUUAGACUGUGAAAGAAACCGAUGUUAAUAUUUGCAAUCGAUUUUAUGUCCCAGCUGUUUACGGCGGACGUAAGUGAUUUCGUCGGAUCAACAAAAAAAAAAAAUAAAUGGAGACUGAUUUAUAACACACAUAUAUAUAUAUAUUUCCAUGGAUUUAGAUUAUUAGCAACCCAGAGUUUAUAUAAAACUGUCCAUUUUAAUCUCUGCUAAGCGGGGGAAGAAAAGAAAAAAAUUAACUCACUCGUAAAUAUACCACUGUACCUACAUAUAUAUAUAUAUAUAUAGGUGGUAAUAAAUAUUGUACGAGUAUUGAGUAACACGAUGCAUUAAAUUUUCAAGUCCGGAUAUCCAAAACUAUAAAAUAUACCUAUAUACCAACUAAAACCCAAUAGCGAAGUCAAACACACCAGAUACCUAUACAUUUCUUACCUUAUGGUCGGAUCGCCGAGUUUGGCGGGCCACCGGGCUGCAAGCUCCCAGUAACUUAUUUUGAUUUUAUAAUCAUUGCGUUCGAAAAUCAUAUCUCAGUGAUGGAGUUUUGAAUUAGGUAUAUGUAUAAACGAAUUAAUAAUUUCCAACAUCUAAUUUCGAAAAUCAUUCAGCUACUUAUUUACUAGAAAAAUAGAAAAAUAGGAAAUGAAAAUAAAAGCUGUCUUAUAUAAUUAAACCGUAAAAAGUUUUUAAAAAUGGAAUGAAAUUUUUGAAGAAAAAAACCCCAGUUUAUACGAUUCAUCAUAAAGCACGGCCGAUUUUCGCUAUACUAUAAUUUAGCGCUAAUCAGUUAUCGUCAAUAUAAUGUAAAACAUUUUUUUUUUAAAUUUAAUUAAGUAUGCGAGCAUUGUGCAUUUUAUUAUUAUGUACCUAUUAAAAGUGUUAAAUCGGAAGGUGAAUAAAUUAUUAUGUUCACAUGGUCACGAUUUUUGAUUUUGUUUGCCGCAAUAUUUUAAAAAUUGAUUUAAUUAUUUAAAUAAAACAAUUACAAAUCCUACCGUGUGCGAUUAAUAACUAACCUAUUGGAUAGCACUGGUUCACCGAAAAGUGGUUAUUUAAAACCUAACUAGGUAAAUAACACAGGUGUUUCUGUAUGUAAUGAAUUUAAUUGUAGCUUUUUUUGCAAACAAACAAUUUUCGUUUUUAAAUUUGACUCUUAAUUGUGUGUAUAACAUCGAUCGGAACAGUAUUUUUCACACACGCGUUGUAAUAAUAAUAUAAUUCUCACAAGCCUAGCGUAUGUAUCCGUUUUCAUUAACCCAUCUACUUAUCCGGUUACUUCUUAUUCAUAUAUGCAUACUGAUAACUAUGUGUAGUUUAUUCGGUUAAAAAUACGAAAAUCGAAAAUCCGAUAGUUAAUAUCGAAACCCGGAUAAAUAUAGUUACCAACGAACAAAAAAAAUAAUAAAUAUUGUUAAAUGAAUAUGAUAAUAAAUUAAACGGAUAAGUUACACGUGAAAGAAAUUACCUAACAACAAAAUGUAUAAUGUCCGAGUAUACAAUAUGGUGUUUUUUCAGAUAUUUUCAAACAAUAUUUUGUUUUUAUAAUUUGUUCUUUAUCUCUAAAAUUUCUUGAGAUUACAUCUAUUUCAAAUUUAUUUAAAAAUAUGAUUUUUUUUAUAUUCAAGGUCAUCCGGCUGAAAUAUUUAGUGGUAACUGAUAAAAAUGAUCAGUGAUAGGAGAGAAGACAUUGUGAUUAACGAUACGUCAAAAUAACGGACUCGUUGUUUAGGGUAAAAUAGGUUAAAUGAUAACUUAUUAACGACCAGUCUAUGGUGACGGCGAGUAGGGAUUUGAGUUUGGAAUAUUCAGAGUUUUUCACGGAACUUUAUAUAAUUGCGUAUAAUGAACAAGUGUGAUUAGAUUACGGACACUGAAGUCAUGGUGGGCCGUACCACAGCUAACGUACCACCAGUGAGAGACCUUCGGGUAGUGAUUCAAAAAUUGAUGAUAGACUGUAUGAACUGAAAUUGUUCAAAUGUGAAUACUAUUCCCCUAGUGUCAGAAUUAAAAAUAUACCAUACGUCUUUGCGGGCCGAAUAUGUCGAACAUUUAAUAAUAAAAUAUGGAAUCUAUUAAUUUUUGCCAGUACCGAUAUGCUAAGAUUUAGAACAAUACACUCACUGUACCACUAUGUUUAUCUUGCUGAAAUAAAAAUAUAGCUAGUUUUCCUUUGUUUUUUUUUAUCUAGGAUACUUAAAUACUCGGAGGUGGACAAUACAUUAAACUUAAAAAUAUUGAAACAAACGAACGAGUUCAAAAGAAAGGUAAAAAGUAUAUUAAAAUCAUUCUAUUCGUGUAGAUUAUAACUUAAACUAAUAUUUUAUUUUUGGACUUUCACACAAAUGUCAAUAUAAAGUACCUAGGUAUCUGAUAAAACUGCCGUUAUCACAAAUCGUUCAAUUCAAUGAAAAUUUAAAACACUCAAUAUUAUUGUGUACUGAUAAUGUCUACAAUGGAAGAUAAUCUCUUUUUUAUUCAAAAGAGAUUAUUAUUUUUAACUUUUUACGGAUCCAAUAAUUACGUAGGGACCUUCUCGGAAUUUUUGAUUAAUAUAUUAUUUAUUUACUAGGUUAAUUCCGAUAUUUCGAUGUUAUCAUAAAUAUAAUUUUAAUUUAUUUUCGUUCAACAUUAAAUAUACGACAAAACGUACCAAAUUCGAAUAAAAUCUCCUACCGAAGACAAACAGUAGGUACCUACUUAUAUAUUCAAUUUUAUUUAUAUAUAAGCAAUAACCUAUUUCAAGGUUCUCGACUUAAAAUAAACAAAAUUGUUUAAUGACUCCAGAGAAAAAUAAUAAAUAGUUUUCCCUGCGGUAUUUGUUCGUUUGAUGCUACGGAUAAUAUUAAAAUAAGCAAUCGCGUGUACCUAUUACCUAAAUAAAUAAUAAUAAUAAAAAAAAAUAUAUAUAUGGUUGAAAUUAGGUCCGUCAUCCUGGUACCCGCACUUUGGAAUUUUAAACCGAACCAAUACCAUUACUAAGUAAGGAAUUUUUAAUUAUUUCUAACUUUUUUUUAUCGAAUUCGUAACUCCUUUCAAAACUAGAAUAGUGUCCCAGAUAGCAAACAUGUAUUUUAUCAAUAUUCCCUCCCGGCAAUUUUUUUUUCUUUAGAGUUAGCUUUCACUAAAGAAUAUUAUCUUCCUUAUAAAUAAGUAAACCCAUGUCCAACACUGUAUUGCCCAAAUUUAAUGUUUAACACUCCUCUGAUAUAUUUUGAAUUAUAUUAUAAUUAAUUUGUAUAUAGGAUCAAACAAAUAAUAUUAUAUUCGACAUAUUUAAACAGUUGUUAAUAAUAAUAAUAAUAUAUUAUUAAUUUUGAUUUAUAAUUUCAAUUAUAAUAUCAAAUAUACUUACAAUAUUUUUAAGAAAAAAAAUUAAUUGAUAUUAUAUUAAAUGAUACAAUUUAUUUCAUAGUAUCCAAAUGUGAUAAUUAAGAUAACUAAUUAAUACAAUUUUUCCUUUAAAAUUAAUGUCUUUUAUUCUCAAGAUAUCUUAGUAUGUUAUAAUAACAAUUAUUUAAUUUGUGUAUAAUAGAAAUUCAAUAUUCACUAGUCUAUUAUCAUUUACUAAUGCCAUUUUAUUUUUAAUACCAUAAUAAUGUUCCCAGGAGCCGUUGGAUGUUUUUGCAUACGCAGAGUAGUGUCUUGAUUUAACGUAGUUAUGUCAUUAUUUAAAUUUCGGUAUAUUUGGAAAAUUAGUCUAAAAUUAAUUUUUUUGGUUAAUUUAUCAUAACUUUAUAAUUUAUUAUUUAUAAAAUAACUGAGGGUAGGUAGGUAGUUUAAUUUUUAAUAAUUUGAAACUGAACCUCGCUUCAUGUCAAUUAAUACAAAUCGUGUAAAUUAAAAUUAAACAAUGAAUUAAAAAAAGGUCUAUUUACAUUUUACACACAACAGUAACGUGACAGUAUUGUGACCGUUCAGGAAUUCCCCCGGUGAGAUAAAAAAUAUUUUUAAAGGAGAGAUAAACUUGUUGUUCUCCCUCGCCCGGCCUGUGACCGUACCGUUGAAAAAAUUGUUAUCGCCGUCACCGUACUGCGGUUUUACGAUUACUUACCAACGAUAUUUUUUAUACCAAUUUCACGACUGUGACUUUUGCACUGUGCGCGACGUUGGCGCGACGACAGUACACAAUUUUUCAUUUUUAAUUUUGUGCACUGUUUGUUUUAAGAUUUUACGAUGAAAAUCGAGAAACUUAUUGAAUUUGUGCUGAAAUAUACCGUAUUAAAUGAUUUGUCACAUAACACAACAGUCACAUAACAUACACAAAUACACGGACACUACAUUCAUUGAAUGCAUUUUCAGCCAUUCUAAAAUAUUCAAAAAACUUUGUUCUAUCGUCCACCAAAUCCAUAUACAGAGUAUAAAAUUCCCCUUCUAUUGGUCUAUUCUUCCAUGCCGGAUAGGCCCAUAAUCGUUUUUUCAUUAGUUUUUCUUCUUCUUCUUCAUCAUCCAAAAUCAAAGCAAUCAUUAAUAAUACAUUUUCCGAAACCAUAGCCAUCUUCGCUACAAUGACUACGCAAUGACUACAAUAUUAGCUAUAUUAGGUAUUGAGCGCAGGUCGUGUGAAACGACAACGAAUGACGGAUCAAACACUGACCGUUGUAAAUAGAAAUCACGACCGGUGGAAUCCCGGACUGGUCAAGGCACUGUCACGUCACUGCUGUGUGUAAAUAGACCUAAAUGACACUGCAUAUGCUGAAACAUUUUAAUGUCGUUUUUAUUCUAAACUAACUGUCAAAAAACAAUUAACGCCUGAUAGUAUUCAGUUACAUUUAGCCACGGCUUUAGAUACUAAAUCAAGUAUCUAAAUCAGUAAUUUUAGUUAAUAAUCCAAAAUACGAUGCGAGUGCAAGGACAACGUCGUUUCAACACUCGGAAAAUAAUAAAGUGUUUUUCUCGGGUUUGGGAGGGGUUACAAAUUCGGAAACAUAGGUUACAAAUUAUUACAAAUUCCUUACUAAAUAAUGGCGUAGGUUCGGUUUUAAAAUUCCAAACUGCGGAUGCCAGGAUGACAGACCUGUUGAAAUGUAUUGGUUCAAGUGGUUUCAUUUUCGUUGAUAUUUGGAAUUUUUAAUUUUAGAUUCCGAGCGUAGCGAGGGAACUAUUGGUUUUACUAAGAUGUUUAUUGCUUUUUUUUUCUUUGUUCUAGUGUGUUUACUCGUUUUUUCCUAGUAAAAUUGCUUCGAUUUUUACGUGUAGCAACUCUUAUGAAAGCUCUAGUCUUCUAAAUAGUACUUUAAAUAAGUCAUUUUUUAAUUUUCGAAGCCACUUUUUAAAUAAAAGCACUUAAGUGGGAAAAAACGUGGGUAAACGUACAAUUUCACAAUUUCAUUAUUUUAUAAAAACACGGACGACGUUUUCUUCCAGAAAAAAUAAUUUAAUCAAAAAUCACAAGAUACCUUUUUUAUUGUUUUUUUGAUUUACUUUUUCACGGAAUUAUCGACAAAACUUUUGAGCUUUUAAGGAAUUUUAGUUUUUGAAAGUUUUUUUUACUGUAAUUACAUUAUAAAUACACGUAGGGACUUGAAACAUGGUAAUAAUACUUUUAUUGGACUUACCUAGACAUGAUAAAUUUUCCAAAAUCAUCGGACGACUCUAACUUCCUAACUUUUCACCUAAAACAAUUGCCGCUCCCAUCCCCAGUAUGAGUUCUUUUUUAUUUUUGUUAUUUCAAAUAACUUAAAUAUUGAGGAAAUGUUUGCGAAAAUACAAUUUUUAAAUAUCAGUUUAAUUUUGUAACAUAAAAUGUAUACGUACCUUAUAUACUAUAGUCCUAUACAAUAUGCAUCUGUAUUUUUUCGUAAACGAAACUAUAGAAAAGUUCAGAAUGUUUUCUAUGCGUAUUUUUACUAUAUCUGUAUAAUAAAUAAUAUAUGUAUAAACAUAUUUUUUUUUUUUUUUGCGUUCCUGUGUAGAAGUUCAAAUUGCACCCUCGGGACACUAACGCUGAAAGUAUUGCUUAAAAUGGAUCCCUAGUGUCGUUUCACAAGAAAAAUAAAACCGCAAUCAAAAAUAUUGUUAUGAUAUCUUAAAAAUGGUCUAUGGAUAAACGUUAAAAAAAAAAAAUACCUAAACUAUCAAAAAUAACGUAAAAUUAUUCCAUAAUAACGGGAGGGUAUUUUUUAUUCAUUGUUAUUAUUUUACCAAAAGGUCAAUUGCCGGAAUAACGAAAAAAGUUUAAAACGAUUUCAGAUGACCAUGAUAAUGUUGUCAUACCGCGCACAAACAAUAUUAUUUUAUUUAUUAGAAGUCCAAAGAUUUUCGCAUGAAAAUAAAAAUAUGUAAUUUUUAGGACAGUGAUGCUAUGUGUAAAAGCAUGUUUAAAAAAUGUCUGUGGAACGGCAAAGAUUUCAAUUGUUGCAGACAUUUUCAACCGCACCGAUUCGUCGUUGACAAAUCUUGUUAUUCUAUAAACUCACUGCAAACGCUAAACAAGUGAGAACAAAUUGUACGCGUGUACAUUUUUUAACAAUUUAUGUAUAUUAUUCAACAGGAGGAAAAAAUUAGUCGUUAGUUAUUUUUCGAAAACCGGAGAACUCGAAAUGUACUUCAACGGACCAGUCGAGGUGAAGUAACAUUGAAAUAAAUAUUCAGUUUAACACGUAAUGCACACUUUAGCGAUAAUUGAUAUAAGACGUAAGUCAAGUGUAAGGCUUUAGAUUCGUCAUAAAUAACCGUCAGUUAUUUAUUAGGCACUCACUCAUUUAUAGUAAGUAGGUAAGUAGCAAUUAAGUUGGUAGCAAUACGGCAAUAUCUGUAAUCACGUCAACAUGGUCGUAGAGUCAUUCUCAAACACUUGUGUGCGAGGGUUUAUCGACUAAACAAUUAAUAAUUUGAAUUGGCGUAUAAAUAUUUGUAUACAAAAUAAAUUGGUACUUAUUGUAAUAUGUGCAACGAGAUUCUAUUAGUGUGGAUAUAUCGUAUAUAAUAAUACGCGUGUAUGUAUUAUAAUAAUAGCUGUCCCGCCGCCCGGCGUAGUCGCCCGGGCCAAAAGAAAAAAUAAUAUUAAUUAUAAUGUGUAUUUUUUUUUGUUCCGUUUGUUUAACAUUUUUUAUUUCGUCCAAACACCGAGGUAUACCCAUAAAUCAACAAAAAAUAAUUAAAUUUCCCUGUUAAAAAUACCAAUAACCCGCCCCACCCCGUUUAUUAACGCUUAAAUAAAGGGAGAAAAUGUGGUCUAUAAAUUAUUCCUGGUCUAGAACUGCAUCAAUGCAAAUAGUUAUUUCGUCUCAAUCCGUUCAGUAAUUUAUGAAGUAGAAGUGGUGUCAAACGUGCAUCCAUCCGUCCAAACUAAUUUUCGGAUCGAUAUUAUUGUUAUUAGGGCACACAAGUUGUUCAGUUUAACGUGCUACGGUUAUUCUUUUGAUAUUUUUCGUGUUUAUGUAUUUAACGGGUAGUGUUAACAUUUGGAUAAAAAAUGCCUGUUCUAAAUUAUUGAACGAUCGCCCACAUUAAAAUAUAGUAGGUGGAUAUUAUCAUUCGCAUUCUUAUACCACGUCACUGGAAAAAUCGUUUACACCUUUUAGCAGAUUGCCUUCUUUAAUCUUUAUUAUCAGUCUAAUUUCUUUUAAAAUGAAUCCUUACAAUAUGCGAGGCAACGAUAAUAUUUUCUAUAUCACACGAUUCUUUAAAAAUUGUUUUGUAAUAUUAAAUUGUAUAGCGACAACUAUUAUUUAUACAAUUUUGUUGUGUUCUUUUUCUUUUCAUACUUUACCCGUGAUUAUAUCCUGAAUAGUAUUAUAUAAAUGUUUUCUUUAUUAGAGUUUGUUUUUUUUUUUUUUUUUCAUACUAAUGUAAUUAUAUGACUAGACUUUAAGAUAACCUGUUGUUGUUUCGGUUUGUAUUAAUAUUAGUAAUUUUAUUGCGCGAUCAUCAUUGUUAUCAUUAUAAUGUACUUUAGAUUAUUGAUCGUUAAAUAAACAAAUACAUUAUUCCGGGUAGUGAUAACAUUACCAAGUUAAUUGUAGAUAACUUUAAAUGACAACAAAAUGUAUUAUAAACACUCAGUACAGGCGCUGUAUACAAACAUUAUAAGAGCUUUGUCAAGUCACUUGGCGCCCCGGGGCAAAUAUUGUUUAGUAAAAAUGUACUCGAAAUCGAACUGAACCGCAAUCGUGUACACAUAGCCCUAAGUCCGUAACCGAGCAGUAUUUUUUUAAAUUUUCAAACGAAAAAACCAGAAUUAAUAACGUUAGAAUAUUUGUGCUGGAUAUUUAUUUAAAUUCUAUUGCAUACAUAUUUAAAUGCCUAUAGUGUAGAAUUGAAUGUUUUGUAGGGAAGUAAUUCAUUUCGAGAUACUAUAUUACAUUUAUAGAUUUCACUGUUAGACCCUGUAGAAAUACGUUUUGGCGAACUACAGAAACGGUACGUUACAGUCAAAAACCACGAGGAAUCGGAAGUGUUGUAUAAAACUCGACAAAUCAUCGAACACGUUUCGUUGGGGACUUUAGACCUUUCAAAACGUGGAUGUGUACUGCGCGGCGAAAUAAUGUUAUUUCAUCACUCGGUUUACAGUAAAUCGGCCUGUUUACUGGAAUGUGCUUUGCGCGAGACCGAAAUCUAUGGUAAGAUAAUAUUGCUAUUAGUUAUUGAUAAAACUAUCAAUUUCGGUGCACCGCUUCGUCUUAAUCACAGCAGUCGUAAUGGCUCGUUAUAAGUAAAUGGGAUACUCUGUUUCUCGUAUACAUGUAGUUUCUUAUUAGUCGCCACAAGAAUAGUGGCGGGGGAGGAUUAAAGUGAUUAUUAUUUAUAGAAUUCAAAUUAUGUUAUUUGGAAACGACAUUGACAUUGUACAUUUAAUCUAAGCAUAAUUUUAAAACAUCUCCAUUAUGUAUAUUUCAUGUUAAAAAACCAUAAUGUUCAUUUUAAGAUAAUACGGUAAGUCGAAUACGCAUUGCCAAAAACAUCGAAUUAUUUAUAUUAUUAUAACUGAUACAAUUCACGAUGUACAUGAUAAAAUAAUAAAAUAAUAAUUGAAAUAUAUAAAUGUGAAAUAUGGGAUAAUAUUACUAGGGAUAUUGAUAACGUAGGAUAUUUGUAUUGGGGACAAUUUAACGGAGAAUAUAUUGAAAAAAUAAAUACUUCAUUUAAUAUGUACUCAAGUGAUUAGGGCGAGGAAAAUUAUUUGUACACAUAUUGUGUAAUAGUUAACUACGGAUGUGCAGUAUACGAUAGAUAAACAUAUUGUUAUUAUACCGACAUUUACAAGUUUCAAACAGAUAUUUACCGAAGGUUUAUUUUGAAAGUAACCUAAUUGCUACUGAAAUAAUAAUAUUACCCGCCUUCAAAACGAAUACUUUGGUAAAACCACGACCAAACUAAGAGCAAUAUAAAUAGAAACGUGUUUAGAAGGAAUUAAUUUUUAUAAAUACGUAUAUUAUGGUAGUAUCUAUCGAACAUCAUAAUCAGGUACAGAUUAUAAUUGAGAUACUGCGUGUAACUAAGAAGCUAAUCGUUUUACUCAGAAGUGUUUUGUUCUCGAAAAACAAUUCUUCGGAUGGUAAAAAAGCUCUAAAUUGUUAACUUCGUACCUUAAACAAUGCGGAUUUUACACUAAUUAGUACAUAUUAUUAUUAUUUGUUCUAUUUCGUGAGUGAAAUACGUAUACUGUUCCGUUCCUACCAUAAAUUAAAAAGAUCACAAUUAGUCGGCUUUAUUGAUGUACAGUAGUUAAUCUAUGGAUUUAAAAAUAAUGAAACGCGUUUAAAAAAAAAAAUAUUAUUCAUCGAACAUAAUUGUAUUUGAAUAGGUACCUAAUUGUUGAAAUAAUAAUUAACAUUCGGCAGUAUUAAUUUGUGAAAUAUAAUGAAUAUUAUUCCAUUGUUACCCUGCACCCAUCAAAUAGCACCGAAUUUUCAGGCCACCACUAGGGAUGAUGUUAAAUUACCCCAAAAAUCAUUUAAAGAAUAUUCUUCAAAUUGGAGAAUUGUUGGUAUUUUUUUUUCUGUCCGGUUCCUAUCGAUGUAUUUUCAAUAGAGCAUAUUCCUUUUUGAGAUUCUGAGCAGAGCGAGGAAUUUUUUGGGAUUUAUAUCGAUGUUUAUUUUUUUUUUACGUGAACACUUUUUCUACCAGAAAGCUUACUCCGAUUAUCAAGUAUAACACCUUUUCUGAAAGAAAAUGUUCUCUGGAUGGUACUUUAGAGUGGUCAUUUUUUGAAAAUUUCAUUAAUAUUCGAGGUAAUGAGGGAAACCUGGUUCUUUAGGUUAAAAAAGAUUGAAAGAUUAAAAAUAAGGUUGUCAUUAGUAAUCGCUUUUAUUUAUUUUUCGUUACUAUUAAGUUUUUAUUAUUUUAAUGUUUUUUAAACAAUCAUUGUUGUCAUGGAAACGCACAUUUUUGUAAUAAUUUUACCAUAAUAUGACAUAUAUAUAUAUAUAUAUAUAUACACACAUUGUUGACAAAUCGACACUAUCAACUAAACUCUAUUCAGAAUCAGUUUAUCGUUAGCAAUAGUUUAUCGUUGCUUACGAAUAUACACUGAAUUCCCGUUCGUAGUCUACAUUCCCAACUUCCCACCGACACCAGCGGCUGCACCCACGUGCGACGUAUGUUCGUCCAUUUUUUUUUUCUUGGUUACACGUUUCACUAUUAGUCGCGUACCCACAUCGCCAAUAUUCGUACGGUUCGUGACGAGUAAGACGCGUUGCAAAACGUUAAAAUACCGGUCGCCUCCAUAUCCGCGUGACGGAUAUCAACGGCCGCGGCGAAUCACACAAUCGCAUAAUAUCUUAGACAUACUUUUAUUUCGCAAUAACAUCAAGACUGUUCCUCUCCGGUUAAUAAUCUCUACGAGAACGUAAUAAUAAUACUAUCGUCGCGUCGUCGCGUCACCGGCCGCUAGACCCGCGGAGGAGACCCGCAGUUAAUACCUGCCCGUCCAAACCCGUUGAAAUAUUGAUAAGUUUAUGAUAUUCGCGCGGUAAUCGCGGCAUCGGUCGCAAUUAUUACAUUAGGUAACGUUCUCCGCAAUGCCGCGCCGCGAUAAAUCGUUUUUAAUAAAACAUAAUAUUAUUAGGUCGGCGUCGGCGGGUUUAGCGGCCGUCGGACAGUGCGGCGGGCGGUUAUUGCGCGCCGACCUCGCCGCCGUCGUCGCGGGUCCGAAUCACGGUCGCCGACGACGAUUUCUUUACUGCGGGACCGGCGACCGACCGCCUGGGGAAAUCACUGCGCGCCCGCCGCCCGCGUACGUGUCCGUUCGCCGCGCCGCCGUCGCCGUGAUCCCGAACUUCUUCGGUCGGUCGGCCCGUUCGGUUAGGCCGGAUGCACGGUUUAAAUAAUAACGAUAACAAUAAUAACAAUAAUAAUAUAAUCCCAAUCAGCCGGUACAACCGCUACGUAAUAAUAUGACUACGUGACCGCCGGACGAGAUAGCCGAGUCGGGGGACCGGGCGAUAGUAGUGCGAGGAACAAAAAAAAAAGACGCGACAUACUUCGCGGGCAACUGUGCGUUGGUGGGCGGUCGUUCAACCACCGCUAACGAUUCUGAGCGGAGUUCGGUUAAUACAGCGUUUUCAACAAUAUAAUGAUACAAUGCGUCAUAUUACGGUAAAAUAAUUUACAUACGCGUUAAACAUUUGCUUGAAUAAUAUUUUUUUAGUAUUGUACAUAUUUCCCUACGUUUUUUUCUUAUUUAUUAUGAAAACAGCCGGACAAAUCAAAAAGUUACUUCUUUAGAAUGCCACUCCGGUCAGAUUUCCCUUCUGAAAAAGUGCUGUACUUGAAAAUUAGAGCAAAAUAACUGGCAGAAAAUUGGUUUACUAAAAAUAAAAAUAAAAAUAAUUGCAAAACCAAUACAUUCAUCGUUCUACUCAAGUUUAAAAUUGUUCUUGGAGAGGCACAUUAAGAUAGUUAUCUUGAUUUUUUCUGCUUGUUUAUAAUAAAUGGGAAAAAACGUAGAAAAAACGAGAAAAUGUAUGAAAUGUAAAAUGUUUAAAUCGUAAGUAUUAAGGCCUUUCAAAACAUGUAUAAUCAAACUCCAGUCAGAGUCGUUUUUCGUUAGCGAUGAUUAAUAGUUGCGUGCACAUAUACAUUUAAUUUCCAGUCCACCUUCCUAACUACUCAUCAACAGAAGUGGCCCACUCAUUGUGCAAAGUAUCUUCAUAUCUUUUUUUUCUAUUUAUUAACAAUUUUUUCAUCAAAAAUCUUACUCUGAUUUUUGAGUGUAUAGUAUGUUUCCCUAAAAAAAACUUUUUUUAAGCCGGUACACUGAGGAAGUUUUUUUUAUUAUUAUUUUCAUGUAGUUUUCUUUAUGAUUGGGAACAAAUGUAAGGAAACCGGGAACGUUAAUGAUUUAACAAUUCUAUUAUAAAAAAAUUUGCUAUUCUGUUUAAUGAAAAAUAAUCAUAGAGAGUCGACAUUUUCCCAGAGUACUUAUGCAUCGACCUUUUCUUGACGCGGUAAAAAUAUUCUAGCGAUAUUUCAUCUAUUUAUAGGUAUUUUUUAUGAGUUGUUUUAGUUUUUAUUAGGUGAAUUAAUGUUAUGUGGAUGUAAUUAUUGUUUCGACAGAAAUUCUUGAACAUUUUACACACGAUUUAUCAUAAGUUCUAUUUAAUGACAAACAAAAUAGUUGAGCGUAAUGGAGUAGUUUUUUUUAUAAGAGUUUAAGUUCAUAUAACAGCGUUUCAACAUUUUUGUUCGUUACAUCCACCAGCAUUUUUAAAAUAUUUAUUAUAAUUAUUUUUUAAUUCGAUUGUGUUUUGCUGAUUGAGAAUAUAAUUCAAAUAUUUGAGUACCUAUACCAUCAAGCAGGGUUUUUUGUUCCAAGACCUUCUUUACUAUAAUAAUAUUGGCUCAUUGUUCCAUAUUUUCAAAAAAAAAAAAAUAAAAAAAUAUACCUAAUCAUAAAAUUUCUAUUAAUUAAAACCUUUCUAUCCCGUCCGACCGAAAAUAUUACAGGAUAUUAAUUUUCGUUGCAUAAUGGAUGUGAUCAAGGAUUGUAAUAUCGUCGUACUAUUAUUAUUAUUAUAAUUAGGUACGGGGAGAAAAAAUCGCCUGGUGCGUAAAAAAAUAACCAUAGUAAACCAUUAACAGCAUACGAAAACAAAGAUAAUUACAGUAUAUAUAACUGAAAAAAAAAAAUACACCAUUAUGUUUAAAAAGCGAUAAUAUUUUAUAAUGGCCAUUAAGAAAGAGUGACGAAAGAAUAAAACUUUGAGUUUUAGAGAGAAAAAUACUACGAACGAUUUUUGAACCAGUGAAAAAUACACCAAGUAGGGUGUGAAAAAUAAGGAAAAAUAAUGAUAUAGAAACACUUUUCCAAAAAUCUAAUGUACGCUGGUCACGAUUAUGAGUAAAAAGCUUACAGUAGACUGGACACGCGUGGCUCAGUCAAAAUCCACUCAUUGCUCUUGAAGAAAAUCCUACCGGGAAAAAACCACUUGGAUGACCGCGUAUGAGAUGGGAGAAAGUAGUAAGGAAAGAUGUGUACGCAUUAGGAUGAGGAAGAUUACACUGUAAGACACAAGCAGCGGAUAAGAAAAUCUGGAAGUAAGGUUUUAUGACCUUGCGAUGAUCCUACCGGCCGAUUGUCAAAGAAAUAAAAAUAUAUGUAUUCAUUUUAUUAAGGUCGAUCUAAUGUUUUAAAUGCAAAAAAAAGUUUAAAAAAUUAAACAUUUGUAUUAUUAUUUUUAUAGCAUACACACGUAAUAAUUAUUUAUUAAUUAGUUUUACAGUUUCGUCCUGUAAUCCUCUAGUAAAGUAAAUAAUAGAUAGAUUUGUAGUUGCUAUUAAAAUAUUAAUUUACAGUGAAAAACGAUACGCUGUGCAAUUGUCCUUCAACGUGUACGGAAAUGGAAAUAAAUACCGUCUGGAACGGAAUCAAAAGGUAAAUCAGUCAAAAUAAUACAAAUUAUACGAACUACCGUAAAAAUAAUUAGAGUUUCUAGUGCUACAAACGCAAAAAACAAUAUCACGAUAAUUAGGUGGUUUUUUUUCCCGGUAGGAUUUUUAGGUUUGGUCUUAAUUUGAAUAAUAUUAAACUUAUGUAAAUAAAAUUAAACUUUAUGUAAAAAAUAAUAAUAAUAAUAAUAAUAAUAAUAAAUAAAAUUUAAGACCACUGUAGUGUAAUAGAUCGUUUUCUCGUGAUGUUCCUCCGAAUUAAAAAUCCCAUAAACAAUUACUUAUUUAUUUCUGUUAUACUUAUCUCUGCUACCCUACAAACCGUUUGACAAUCUCUCGCGAAAAUCUGUAAACUUAAUAGAGAUACAUCACUGGAAAUAAAACGAUUAUUUUUUUUUGUUCGUGUAUACACUCGUAUAUACCCAUAUUUUAAUGUAAUAUAUUAUUACACUGACAGUGUGAUACUGUUCAAUUUUUAUUUUUUAUUCAAUUCCGUAUUACUCGUGUAUUAUAUAUUACGUAUUUAAAAUUAACGGGAUAAAAUCGAUUACUAAAUAAAGGACGGUAAUUUAAACACCACGUCGAUUGAAGCGGAAAGAAGGCAUUUUUAAAAUACCUUUUUCGGCCUUUUUUCGGGAGAACUGUUGUUAUCAAAUCCAGUAUAAAUAAUAUGUUAAUUUUUUCGAAUUAUAUUAUAUAUGUCGAAAAAUUCGCAUUAAUUAAUGUUUAGCAAUACGCUCAAAUAAAUCGUAUCACACAACUCGGUUAAUUCACAUUCGCAUAGUAUUAUAAUAUACGAAUGUGAUCGUAUACACAAUUAAAUAUAAUUCAAUAGUACAUACGUAGAAUAUUAUACUAAGCAUGUAAACUUUGCGUUGAUUAUUUAUAGAUCACGGGAUAAUACUACCAAAGGUAUCGUUACUAUGGCAAAUCCAGCGACAGAGCGACUGAUCAUGAAAGCCGGAAAAGAUUACAUCGAUUUGAUAGGUAAAAUCCUUGAAAAAUUUAUAGUUCCGCGGUCCUUUUACAUAAUAAACCCCUUGUAUUACUGUAUCAGUGCAGUCGAUAUUGAACUAAAAAACGAAAAGAAAAACAUCAACGAACAUCCUUUUCAAAUACUGAAAUUUCAAUUAUCCUUCAAAAAACCGACAAGAAUCGGUAUUUUAAGAUAACAUGAUAAAAUGAUUUUGCAAAAAAAAAUGUUCGUUUACCACAACAGGACACGUUUUUCCCAGAUUUCGAGAGGCUAUAAAUUUAAAUCGCUGAUACCUUGGUUCUUUUCAAAAUGUAAAAUUAUUGAUAUAUGCGUGAAAUUAUUCAAAACAGAUGUACGAGAACUCCCCAAACGGUUUUGAAUUUAAGGUCCUCGUUCACCUAAUAAUAAUGGUCGAAUGCACCCCAUGUCUACGAAUAUUCCGAAAUACAAAUAGUGUGUCCAUAGCAUUAAUGUUGAAUAUCAUACUUAUUAUAACUGAUUUGUAUUUGAACGUUUUGUGAUUUCAGUUAUAUUUGCUUGUUUCAUGCAGUUGUUUGCCGGAAUCAAUCUGUUGGACAUUCCGAAAUUUAUAUUCGCUAAACACAAGAACAAGUCUAACAAUUCAAAAUUUUGAAUAUCAAUUUAUAUUGAACGUGUUAUAACAAUAUUAUAAUAGAUCACUUAGAUUAAAUCUUAAACAUGUUUUGAAAUUCCGUCAAUUUAUUUUAAUAAAUUC